GGUUAUCACGUGAGCGGGCCGUAAAACUUCAUAUUUCCCGUCGUCGGCACGCUUUUCAUCAUAUUCCACCCCUUCGGAGGCCUCUUGCGUUUUACCGUAAGAGUUAUCGUUCAUUGAACGAAAACUCCCGAGUAAGCAGACGUCACAAAAUGGCUGAAAGUAAGAGAUUCCACUUACCGACAGGGGAUGAAAUCAGCGAUUUAUUGUCUUUGAAAGAUUCAGAGAAUACAAAAAAGUCAACACUGUUGUCGAUUAAAUGCCUUAGAGAUUUUAUAGCAGCAACGGCAAUGGAAAUCGAAAUUGAAAGCUGUCCGAAAGAAGUAUUAGAUGAUGUUUUGAAAAAGUUUUACGUUGGAGCCAGAAAAACAAAUGGAGAAAGAUUCAAAAAGACAGCAUUACAAAACAUAAGGUAUGGGAUUAAGCGAUACAUGAAAGAUAAACGGGGCUGUGACAUACUUUCUGACCCAGAAUUCUGUGGGAGCAAUGAAGUUUUUAAAGCCGAAGCGACGGACCUGAAAAGUAGGGGUCUUGAAAACAUUGAACACCAUCCUCCCAUUUCAGAAAAUGAUCUGAGACAAUUGUACAGCGGAAGUACCCACGUUUUUGACACGACUACACCCUAUGGACUACAGAAGAAAGUAUGGUUCGAGAUUACCUUAUUUCUUUGCAGAAGAGGGCGUGAGAACAUUCGUUUUAUGACAAAAGAUACUUUUAAAAUUAUGAAGGAUGACACCGGGAGACAGUCUGUUAACCAACACAUUGAUGAACUGGACAAAAAUCAUCGGGCCGACACCCAGGGGAGUGUCACAGAGGGAAGAAUGUAUGAAAUACCAGGAAACAGCAACUGCCCUGUGGUGUCCUUUAAGAAAUAUAUUGAGAAAUUUAGUCCAGACAGAAAUGACCUGUGGCAAAGACCCAGGGAUACCUUUAACCAGGACGAUGAUGUGUGGUACAUGAAUUCUCCUGUGGGAAAAAAUACUCUCUCUCAAUUUAUGAUGGAAAUCUCCAAGGUAGGAAAACUUUCUCGGGAAUACAGAAAUCAUUCAGUUCGCGCUACAAGCAUAACAGUGAUGGAUAUCGGUGGCAUUAGUGGGCGCCACAUCAUGAAGGUAUCGGGCCACAAGUCCAAAGCUUCACUAAAGUCUUAUUCUCAUUUUGUAAGUGAUAAGAAGAAAAGAGAAAUCUCUGACACACUAAGUUCUGCCUUGGGCCACAAAAUGGUUUCGGAAACUCCACAAUUGCAAGAUUUAGGAGACCUUUCUGAUGUGUUCAAAGAUGACUUUGAGUUGGAGCCUGUUAAUGUGACCCAUUCGAAAGAUAUCCAGAACAUCCUAAGUGAAAUCAGUCAAAACAACAUGAACACACAGAACAAAGUAGAUGUUUCUAAUUCUUCUGGAGGAUUUCUAAAUUUUAGGCCAACUUUUUCAGACAGAUGCAACGUCACAAUUAACAUUAAUUUUCAAAAAUAAAUGCAUUGUGAAAAGUGUUACUGUUAGGGCUCAGUUAGAAGUUAUUUGUUUUUCCAUGUUUUAUAACUUGAAUUAAAUACAGUGUAUCUUUGUUAUUUAUUUAUCUUCAACAUGUUAAAUUUGAGAAUAUUUGCUUUACAUUUUUUUCUUUAAGAUAAAUAUCUUGUUAUUUGUUAUUUAUAUUUAUUUUUUAUGACAUUGUUAAACUUGUGUUACUUGUUAUUCAUGAUUUGUUAUUGCUACAAUAUCUGUGAUAAUAUGACAGAACUUAUUACUCAUGUUUAUUUUUGUUAUUUUGUUGUUAUAUGAAUGAAAUUACUAUACAAUAAAUAUUAAAACUUUUUUUGUUAUUAUAAUUAUCUUGAAUCUCCAUUUUAUAUCAUUGUAAGAUAAAUUAAUUUUUUACUGUCACUCUUAAAGAAGAAACAAAAACAUAUGAGUAUUGAAGUUUAUUGUUGAUUCGGUAUAAUAAACAAUUUAUGGCAUGAA